AUGGCAAAAUGGUAUACUGAAGCCGACAGCGUGAUGAGCGAUCACAGGAAAUGUACCAUCGCCUACGGUCUAGAAACCGCAAAGCCUGAGACGAAGUACGACCAACAUUCCCACCUACGGCGUUGGAGUUCCAGACCUACAGGUACAUUGGUCUCAGACAGAACGCUCCAGAGGAGGGUCUUGAAAAAUGUUGACAAAAAUAUGUUGCUGUAUCUGCAGAUAACCGACCAUCAGGCUUUGUCCAAGAAGGCAAUCCUGAACUACUCCAGUAACUUCGUUAGCAGCGGCAUGGACCGCACCAUUUGCAUCUGA